CAUUGACGUUUCGCAUUGUUCAUGUGCUUCCUGUUAAUUUUGGCGACAAUUUCUAAAUUUUAACUAAACUGUGUGAAAAUUUAGUGUAAAAGCUUCCUAAUAUUUAUCACGCUAUAAGAAUUAGUGCAAUUAUUAAGAUUAACAACUUGCAGCAAAGUGUUAACGUGUGAAAACUUUCUCAUUAGCGUCACCUUGAUAAAACGCGAACAGCUGAUUUCACCAGUUGUUGCUGCCGACUUCAGGUGCCUACGUGACUCAUGAACAUGUGCCAAUGGUGGACAAACUUUAUAUGCCAACAACAAUAACAACAACACGUGCAAAAUCAAAGCAACAACAAAAGCAAAAACACAGUGACGGGUAAACAAAAAAUGCAACAGCAAGCAUAGAAAAAUUGACGCCAAACCCAAAUCAAUUGCUGCGGCGUUGCGGAACAAACCAGACGUGUAAUUUUUAAAUCAAAAAGUACGGCAACAAAUUUGUGUAUUAAAAAUGUUGUUAAAAUAGUAACAAAAAAUAAUAAAACAUUUUAAAUGAAUAGUUGGUUCAGUUGUGAGAAGCAGCAAUCAACCGAAAAAGUGCUAAUAAAUACUCGAAGAAAUAUUUUCUUAUAAAACAGUGUGAGGCGCUCUCUCUAAUUGUACAAAACAAAUUGUUUAAUAUAAUAAUUGCUUACUAAAGCCGCAACAAAAAGCGAUUGCAUAAAGUUUAAUGACAUAAAGUGUAUAUAUAUUUAAUAAAAUAAAAUACAAAAAGCAUAAAACUCGUGAUUUACCACAAGCCAAAGCAACAACACUAAUCUAUUAGCAGCAAAUACAGGCCAAACACCAAGCACAAUGUUGGAUGUCAUCCAACCAGUCAGCAUGGACUUAACACCAAAGGAAUCAGCCCCCAGCACCUCCACCACCAACAAUGAAGUCGUUGUGGUGCGCGCCAAGCCGAAGAAAGUGUUCAAGCCAAAAGCGCGCAUCAAUCGCAUACCACAGUCACUGCUCGAUGAUCCACAGCUGCAGCAGGCCAUCGAUCGCCUGCCGUCGAAUUACAAUUUUGAGCUGCACAAGACCAUCUGGCGCAUACGUGAUAUGAAAGCGAAGCGUGUGGCAUUGCAACUGCCCGAGGGUUUGCUUAUGUACUCGAUGAUUAUAAGCGAUAUAAUUGAACGUUUCACCGAUGCCGAUACAGUCAUCAUGGGUGAUGUCACUUAUGGUGCGUGCUGUGUGGACGAUUACACCGCCAAAGCUUUGGGUGCUGAUCUGUUGGUGCAUUAUGGUCAUAGCUGUCUCAUACCGGUCGAUCAGACAAGUGACAUUAAAGUGCUCUAUGUCUUUGUGGAUAUCAAAAUUGAUCCACUGCAUUUUAUUGAUUCCGUUAAAUUGAAUUUCAAACCGUCCGAUGGUCAAAUUGCGCUCGUGAGCACCAUACAAUUUGUGACAACGCUACAAGCGGCUUCGUCGGAACUCAAAGCAGCUGGCUAUGAUGUGAUUGUGCCACAAGCAAAGCCAUUGAGUCCCGGUGAAAUUUUGGGCUGUACAUCGCCUGAAUUGCCUGCCAGCGCUAAAAUGUUGAUCUAUCUCGGCGAUGGACGUUUCCAUUUGGAGUCGUCUAUGAUCGCGAAUCCCACAUUGAAAGCGUAUAAAUAUGAUCCUUAUGACAAGAAAUUCACCAUUGAGGAAUACGAUCAUCGUGCUAUGCAAACGAUACGUUAUCGCGAAAUUGAACGUGCACGUGCGGCCAAGAAGAUUGGCAUUAUUGUCGGCACAUUGGGCCGGCAAGGCAGUAGUCGUGUGCACAGAUUUCUCGAAAAGCGUUUGCAUGCUAAAGGUUAUGCCACAACAACAAUUUUGCUGUCUGAAAUCUUUCCACAAAAGUUGGCGCUCUUCGCCGGCAUUGAUGCGUUCGUGCAGAUUGCGUGUCCACGUCUCUCCAUCGAUUGGGGCACGGCAUUUGCUAAACCACUACUGAAUCCCUAUGAACUGUCGGUUGUGCUCGGUGAUGUCGAGUUUACGCCACAUAACGCCGCGCCCAAGAACAAUGCAUAUCCCAUGGAUUUCUAUGCCACAGGCAGUUUGGGUCCAUGGACACCUAACUUCAAACCACCAGCUGUGGGCGAGUGUGAUAAUAAACCGUCUGAGGCGUGUUGUGGCCGCUGUGUGCGCGCCGAAUUGGAAAAGGAUGACAACGAUGCCGCGCGCGCCGCCACGAUAGAAGACAUUUUGGACUUUAAGAAGGGAUAAAUGCUCUUAAUGUAAACGUAAUAAA